CCAACUUCCUGCUCGGUCGCUGCUGCCUCCUCGUCUCCUCCGCUGAGUUGUGUGAAGUCCGGACGGAGCUGAUAACGUGUGAAGAAGCUUCACGUCCAACAUGUGUCUCCGUCUGUCCUCUGUCCUCGACACGAGCACCGAGUGAACCGGACACUCCCCCCCUGUUUCCCCCGAGCGAACCCCCCGGACACAAUGCUGGCGUCGCGUCGGCUCCUCCGCUGCUCAGACUUGGGGAAACAAACCGCGUAUUGUCGGUGAAUUGUCGGGAGAUGGCAGAGUAGUUGGACCCGUGUCAGUGACCGAGCCUCCGUUAAAAAGCACUUUGAAGAGCAACACACGAGGUCUACGAUGACAGCUGGGGACAUGUUUCCUUUGGUUUUGAUCAUCCUGGUCCUUCCCUGUUCUUGCGUGGAAGGUGAGGGCAGCGUGGGAGACUCUGUAUGUUUGUGUGACGGACCGUCAUGUAACAGUGGGGACAGGUGUUUCGGCCAGCAGUGCUUCACCUCUCUCUCAGUACUGAACGGGACAUCAGUCCUUGAGAAGGGCUGCAUUGUGGGUAGUGAAUUGUCCCUGCGCUGUGGAAGCCCGUCGUCUCCUGAGCCGGUGAUCGAGUGCUGCGGUGGGGAUUUGUGUAACAUGAACGUCACUUUGCAGUCACUGGUGAAAGAUACAGAACUGUCUGCUGGCAGACCAGUCCUCAGAGACCAGGAGUGUGUGUGCGAGGGCGGCGUGUGCGAGCGUGACCGCCGCUGCACAGGGCAGCAGUGUUUCUCCUCUGUGAAGAUGAUUGAUGGGGUGGCCGUCCAACAGAAGGGCUGCCUGAGGGACGACGGAGCGGGCAGAACCACCUGUGCCAUGCCACCCUCGUCGGCCCAUGUUGUCAAGUGCUGCCAGGGCCAUCUGUGUAACAUGAAUGUCAGCGUGCAGGCUCUCGGGAAAGAGGAGGAAGUGAAGGCCUUGAGCAAACAGGAGCACGAGUGUGUGUGUGAAGGCAGCUCGUGUGUGACAGGCCGUCGCUGCAUGGGCCACCAGUGUUUCUCCUCGCUGACAGUCAAUGGCGGCUCCCUGGUGUACCAGAAGGGCUGCUUUAAGGUUUAUGAGCAGAGCACAUUGACCUGCAAGACCCCACCUUCCAGAGACCAGAUUGUGGAGUGCUGCCAAGGGCCCCUGUGUAACAUGAACAGCACUGUGGCGCUGCCUGUCAAAGCCGAAGAGUUGUCAAGCUACAGCGUGACCACACUGGUUGUAGUCAUCGUGGCACCAAUCAUCGCCCUGAUCGUCCUCUCUGCUGUCGCCAUCCUGGUGUUCAGACGCAUCCACAACAACCAAAUGGAGAGGCUAACAUCACGAGAUGCUGAGUAUGGGACCAUCGACGGCCUCAUAGCAUCGAACGUCGGGGAGAGCACUCUGGCGGAUUUGCUGGAUCAUUCCUGCACUUCAGGCAGCGGCUCAGGACUCCCAUUCCUUGUGCAGAGAACCGUUGCUCGACAAAUUACACUCAAUGAGUGUGUAGGUAAGGGCCGUUACGGUGAAGUGUGGAGGGGUCAGUGGCAGGGGGAAAGCGUCGCCGUCAAAAUCUUCUCCUCCAGAGACGAGAAGUCCUGGUUCCGAGAGACUGAGAUCUACAACACGGUGCUGCUGAGACACGAGAACAUCCUGGGCUUCAUAGCUUCAGACAUGACCUCGAGGAACUCCAGCACUCAGCUCUGGCUCAUCACUCACUUCCACGAGAUGGGCUCCCUGUACGACUACCUUCAACUCAGCACCCUCGACGCGUCCAGCUGCCUCCGCAUGGCCCUGUCCAUCGCCAGCGGCUUGGCACAUCUCCAUGUCGAGAUCUUCGGCACACAGGGCAAACCGGCGAUCGCCCACCGAGACCUCAAGAGCAAAAACAUUCUGGUUCAAAAGAACGGCCAGUGCUGCAUCGCUGAUCUUGGCCUGGCAGUCAUGCAUUUUCAAGACACCAAUGAGCUGGAUGUGGGGAACAACCCUAAAGUGGGCACAAAGCGCUACAUGGCCCCCGAGGUGCUUGACGACUCCAUCCAGAUGGACUGUUUCGAGUCCUACAAGAGAGUGGACAUCUGGGCGCUGGGCCUCGUCCUGUGGGAGAUCGCCAGGAGGACAGUCAGUAACGGCAUCGUGGAGGACUACAAGCCACCUUUUCAUGACGUGGUCCCCAGUGAUCCCAGUUUCGAGGACAUGAAGAAGGUUGUGUGUGUGGAUCAGCAGAGACCCAACAUCCCAAACAGAUGGUUCUCAGACCCAACUCUAACCUCCAUGGCCAAACUCAUGAAGGAGUGCUGGUACCAGAAUCCAUCAGCCAGAUUAACAGCGUUACGCAUCAAAAAGACUCUCACAAAGAUCGACAACUCUCUGGACAAAAUCAAAACAGACAUUUGAGUCUGCCGGGAGAAGACCAGAGCGGACAUUUGCUAAAGACCUUUUGAAGACAUCCAGAGGUUGGACCAGCUUAGAGAAAUGUCAGAAAUUAAAAAGACUUGGAUGGGUCCCGUGCCCUUAUAGUGGCACAGACCUGUAUUUAUUUUAAAACACUUGGCGGGGGACAAAUUUUGGCAUCCAAAGAUGGUUUACCGGGCAUUCCUCAGACUGCAAGUGGUCUUGGAAAUAGGAAAAAAUAUCUACUCAACUUAUAACACUGUUAGAAAUGUUCUUCAAGGAAGAAAAAACUGUUACCUGGGCAUUUGAGUAGGUUUGCAUUUGUUAGAACCACAGAUUUGUUUUGUUUUGUUUUGUUAAAAAAAAUGUCAGAACAUAGAAGGAGUUUCACUUUAUCUCUGUAAUUGUGCUGAAUCGUUUGUUUGGUUUAUGGUGAAUUCAUUUGGAAAAGACGUUCACUUGCCAAUUGAACUUGCCAAUUUAUCCAGCGUACUCUCUGAAACACAGCAAAGUAGUGUUAUGUUUUACUUAGUGAGUCAUGCACCGUUGUUUACUACGCUGUCAGAACAAGUUACUCUGGAUCGCGACAAUCCUGUAACAUUUAGUCCAGCGGCUUCUUCUCCUGAUAUAUAUAUAUAUAUGGUCCAGUCCAAGAUACUCUGUUGCAGACUUUUUGUAUAUCACCAUGGAUUUUACAUUGAAUUAUAUUACCUGUUCUAUGUUUUGUUCUCUACAGCUUUACAGACACAAAUGCUAAAAGAACAAAUAAAAUAUCUGCAAGACAAUGCUGAACUCUCCAGAGGCCUGUAAGUAAGCCUGUAAAGCCUGUAUUCUGUCUUAACGCGUGCAUUGUGGUCUUAAUGCGUGCAAUGUCAAGUAAAUGAAGUCAAACUUCAGCCUUUUUUUAUUUCUUUAACAUUUUAUAUCAAUUAGCGAUUUAUAUUAAUUAAAUAGAAAAAAAAUGUA